CCGCCAUGCAAAACCCUGAGUGCUCAGCCUCCCAGAAAGGAGUGCUAUCGGCCUAUCGAUUCAGUGGCAUGUCAGCGGAGUCUGGCGGCUGAACGAGCAGAUGACGACGAUCAACGCCAGCGGUGCUGUUCGCAUGGACGCUUCUUGGAUAAUUGGCCAUCAGUCGUUCAUUACAAUGUAUCGUUUGGCGCCUGGAUUGCACUUGUGAGGAACUGCUAAUUCUGAGAGCCUUCCAUCCAGGCCUUCUUGACAUACAAAUAGCCCUCUCUUUAACCUGCUCCUUCCUCACCAUCAAGCAAGCACAACAACACUCUUCCAUAUACUGUUAUCCUUAUUCCAGAACGCAGACCGACCUAUCUCGAAAAUUUCUUCGCAAUGUUCAAAGCAACAGCACGUUCUCUGUACCAACUCAUCGGGAAGACAAGAUUGGGUGAUCUUCCUCCUGAAUGGCAGGCUCCUGUUGGACAGGUUCUUGACGCUGAAGAAAAGAGUGACCCCAGGUUCAAGAAUGCUGAGAUCCGAGGCUCUAAGCCACAUGCUUCCCACGAUGAUCCGACCAACCCGAAAGAAGUCGUAUCCGUUCGUAUCAAGGAUGACGGCCUGAAAACUUUCCGGAGACUGCACAUUCAUCAAGAUGGCUCCGUCAAAAGAAUUGAUGUUUAGAGUGCUUGUUGGGGUCAGCGAUCUGAGGUCAGUAGGAUGGGUAAGGAUGUAUUUCUGGAAGACCUGGCCAUAUCCGUCCUACCAUUUGUAUUGCUAGUUAUGCGCUUUGGAUUCUUUUGUCUUGGGUACUGCAGCUGUUGGAAUGACUACAGUCUUGGGUUAAUUGAUUUUGUGAGAG